AUGGUACAUAGAGAUGUCAAAAGUACAAAUAUAUUGUUGGACGAACGAUAUAGUGCCAAAAUUGCGGAUUUUGGGCUUUCAAGAUCUUACCAACUCGAAGAUGAAUCUCAUCAUGUUUCGACAGCUAUUGCUGGCACUCCUGGAUAUCUUGACCCUGAAUACUACAGGACAGGUCGUUUGGCAGAAAUGAGCGAUGUCUAUAGUUUCGGGAUUGUAUUAUUGGAGAUAAUCACAAACCAACGCGUGAUGGACCUAACCCGUGAUAAGUCACACAUAGCAGAAUGGACAGCAUUUAUGCUUAUUAGAGGAGAUAUUACCAGAAUCAUGGAUCCUAACCUUCAUGGUGAUUACAACUCUCGUUCUGUCUGGAGAGCUCUUGAAUUAGCUAUGUUGUGUGCAAACCCUUCUUCAGAAAAACGACCAAGCAUGUUCCAAGUUGUUAUCGAGCUAAAAGAGUGUCUUGCCUCUGAAAUCUCGAUGAAAAGUAACAAUCAAGACAUGGACUCUCACAGUUCUUCUGAAGUAAGCUUGAGCUUUGACACCAAGGUUGUGCCUAGCGCAAGGUAG